UUUCGUUAGAUUGGCACUCCUGUUAGUGGCUAUCCUAGCAACAACUGCACAAGGCCGAUAUGGACAUAAUAUUUGUAAAGUCCUCCAUUGUAGUGAAGUAAUAAGUAAUAUUUUCCCUCUUGUCAUGUUUUUGUGUUUAUUGUGAUUUUUUCUAUUCAUCAUGAAUACACCGAAAAGAGUCAAAACGCGUGCUGAAAUGUAUAAUGAUCAUGUCCAGAAUUCAUUAUCUAAUGAAAAUAUAGUUUAUCCAUGGAGUAGAGGUGAAGAAUCUGCAAGUCCCGAAAGCAAUUGCAGUUCUCCUGAAAUAUAUCUCAGAAAUGGUUCGAAUAGAGCCAACAGACGAGGCCGGCCUCGUUCUGAAGUUUUAUCUAAUUUAAUGAUGGAAGGUUCCACAUCGCCUUCAAAUAUAAAAUGUAGCCAUUGUCAUAGAGUGUUUCCUAGAGAAAAAUCUUUGCAAGCGCAUUUGAGAACACAUACGGGUGAGCGGCCAUACCAUUGUGAUUACCCAGGUUGCACAAGGGCAUUUACACAAAGUGGUCAAUUAAAAACACAUCAAAGACUGCAUACAGGUGAAAAGCCAUUUAUAUGCUCAGCUAAUUCUUGUGGGAAAAGAUUUACUCAUGCCAAUAGGCAUUGCCCUGAUCAUCCUAAUGAGACCUUACAAAGAUCUGAUGAUUUUGUAUUACAACCUGUUGCAACUAAUCCUGAGCAAUCUUUAGAAGUUUUACGAUGGCUAGAAAGGUAUAAAUUAGAAAGAGAAGAUAGAACACCAACUAGAAAAACUUGCACAGUCACAAAAAAAUAUCUUGGUACUGAAAAUGAAAAUAUUGGAAUCGGAUGUGCCACACCAAAUAACUCGUUUAAAUUCCGAAAAGAUCUCAUGAGUGAUUUGAAUGCAAGAAAUACUUUAACUUCUCCAUUAUAUAAAAAAGCUAGUGCACCAAAAAUAAUUCAAUGGAACGAUCCAGGAAAUCAGGAUUCAGGCGAUGAACAGAAUUCACCGCCUGUUAGAACUGGAGUUUUAAAUAGCCCUAAGUUUAAUGAGCAACCUAAAAAACGUUGGCUAAGAGAAGCCUGUAGAGAUCAGUCAUUGUGGCAAGAUAAAUUGGAUUUAGCAAAACCUUUACAAUGGGAUAAUAAUGAUUGUGAAACAGUUAUAAAUGCUAAUCAUUUCCGCCCUAGUGUUCUUGUAUUGGCUACAAAAGAAGAGCCUACAACAUCUUCUGCCAAAUUAGAAAGUUGGUCUGAUCCUUAUCCAAUAUCGAUUCUUGGACCCUAAGUAUAUUUAGUAGUUGUGAUUAUAGUUACAAGUUAAGUUUGCUCUAAUUUUUACUUUAUUAUUAUUGCUAAAUUGAUAAACAUAAUGAAUCUUUUGGUAGUCAUUCUACCAUCGUGCUCUCAUUUGAGGGGUUUCAUAUUAUUAAUUUGAUAAUCCAGUGAUGAAAAUUAUGUCAUAAAAAUGAUUGUUUGAAAACAAUAAAAUUGUGGUU